GGAGAGCGAACGUCGUCGUAUGUAGCACAAUGCCCGGAACACAUCACAUAACCCAGUUAUCCAAAUCUGGUACCUCUUUCCUGAUCCACACCUCUUCUUCUUCCUUCUUUUCUCAGCUCAACUCCAGAACAUGGCUCAGACCGAGUCGGCCUCGGCCUCCGAGACUCCAAAACCACUGCUACCCGCUCCACAUUUCACUCCAAACUUCUCAAUGCUACUCUCCCCAACCAACUUCGCACCAUUCCUGAGAUCACCAUCACCGUCUCACAAGAAGCCCACUUUCGUUCUCCCCGAUAUUCACUCCUCAAUCGCUUCCGCAACCGAAUUGCUACACUCGCUCGCUUCACGAAACCCGUUUCUCAACAAACUCUUCUCCUUCCAUGCCGAAUUCCGGACUUUCUGCCACCAGGUUCAGAGCACGAGGCAGAACAAGUUGAAGAGCUUAUCUACUCACAAUUUCGCGGCGGUUUUGCCCGGAGAUUCGGUCGCCGGACUUGUAGUUGCAAAUGGCGUCUCCAACUUCUUGAACUUGUACAACACUCUGUUGGUCUGCAGGCUUGUGCUGACCUGGUUCCCUAACUCCCCUCCUGCCAUUGUAGGCCCUCUCAGCACAAUAUGUGACCCUUACUUGAACAUAUUUCGAGGACUAAUCCCGCCACUCGGGGGCACAUUGGACCUCUCUCCCAUUCUGGCAUUCUUGGUUCUAAAUGCCUUUACGAGCACAGCUGCCGCGCUACCGGCUGAGCUUCCAGCAUCAUCGGCAGCUUCCCAAGAACUCGGUGCGUCUUCUACACCAGGAAUUACUCAACUCACCACGCUGCAGAAGAAAUGGAUGACUAGGCUUCAGGGCAGCAACACAAAGAGCUGAGUUAGGCUGCCCUUACUUUCUUGUGAUAUCCGAGUACUUGACACUAAAUGUACGGCUUUCUUUGUAGUUUGUGCUUGGUUUUCUUAAUUCUUUGCCUUUGCAAUAUAAUAGGGUAGUGAUCGCUUUCAAUUGCUGCUGUCUGUUUUGAAAAUGUAAGCAUUAAGCAUGAAUGAAAUGCCAAGGUUAAAGUUGUUUAUUAC